CUGUCUGCCACUAAUCGCUUCAACUCAUUUCUCAACGACUACUUCAAUGGUUUCCAACAUCGUUCUUUGGCCAACACAACCAAAUUCAACUUUGCCAACGAAUUCGAAGACAUUGAAAACAACGAGAAUCAAUUUGCUGUUGAUUUGGAUGUUCGCCAUUUGAAACCAGAAGAAUUGAAUGUCAAUUUGAAUGGACACGUUUUGACUGUUGAAGCUGAACAUGCACUUCUUACCGAUUAUCAAAUCGAUGUGAAAUGA